UUAGCUAGUAAAUAUUUUUGCAAAUAUUAAUAAAAAUGGAAGAUAAUGAAAAAUGUUCAACUUGCUUAAGUGUCAUUUUUGUUCAAUUAAAAUUAUGCUUUAAUAAUGAAAACAUUGAAAAAGAUUUUGAAGAAGGUAGCAUUAAAUCUUUCACUUUGAAGUCAGAUAUGACAUAUAAAUCGAUAAAAAAGAUGCUCAGAGAAUCCUUUGGUUUGGUAGAUUCUUCCAUUGUUAUUAAGCUUCGGAAUAAAAGAGGAUUUUUAGUACCAUUCUAUAACAAACUUGAACCCACAACUCCUGAUAACCCUUAUCUUUUGGAAGCUUGUAAAUUAUAUCAAAAUGUUCUACCUUUGAAAAGAACAGCAAGCAUAAUCACUUACGAAGAAGUACUUAAAAAAAAAAUUCUUCUUAUUGAUAAAAGGUUAUCUAAGUUAGAGAUGGGUUUACCUACACUUCCAGAGAGGCAGCGCCUAAGAAUUGAAGAGAGUUAUAAUGAUUUAGUAGAGAAAAUGAAAGUUUUGGAUCGAAAGCUAGAAGUUGCUUCUGACGUAAAAUGGCAAGGAAUGUUUCAUAGAAAUCCACUUUGGUAACUGUUACUGUUGCCUAUAUAAUUGCGUGCAUGCUAUAUAGUUGCAUACAUGAUAUAAACUGUUGCUGCUCUAAUGACGUUUCGUAAAAGUAGUUGAUCCAUGAGUUGUGGUCAUAGUUCCAUGAAUUGAAAAUGUAGUUUAUAGAUAAAAGAUCGAUGAAUUGUGAAUGUAGUUUAUAAAUUUUAGAAAUAAAUUUUUAGAAUUUAAAUUAAAA